AUGUCGGACGAAAUAGCACCUACCCAACUGAUUGAUGAGAAUCAAACAGGUCAAAGUCCCAACCGGGUUUUUAAAGAUUUGGCUGCAGGAACCGCUGGUGGUAUGGCCCAGGUCUUGGUCGGCCAGCCCUUCGACACGACUAAAGUACGCUUGCAAACGUCAUCGACACCAACUUCGGCUGUAGACGUGGUCAAGAAUCUAGUUAAGAAAGAGGGUCUAAGAGGCUUUUAUAAAGGAACUCUGACGCCUUUGGUAGGCGUAGGUGCUUGUAUGUCUUGCCAGUUUGGGGUCAACGAAGCUAUGAAGCGUUUUUUCAGAGGUGAUAAACCAAAUCCAAACGGUCUCCUCACGCUUCCACAGUAUUACGCAUGUGGUUUUGUUGGCGGAGUUGCCAAUUCGUUUUUGGCUGCACCAAUUGAGCAUGUAAGGAUUCGCCUACAGACCCAAACAGCUUCGGGUGCAGCGGCCGAAUUUAGUGGUCCUUGGGACUGCAUUAAAAAGCUUGUACGCGCUAAAGCUCUAAUGCGGGGACUCACACCAACCAUAAUGAGAGAAGCACAAGGUUGUGGUGCUUAUUUUUUAACUUACGAGGCGCUAGUCGCCAAUCAGAUGAAAAAUGGCGUUGUGCGGACAGAGAUUCCAGGGUGGAAAUUGUGCUGCUACGGAGGUCUAUCAGGUAUUGCUUUGUGGCUAUCGGUAUAUCCACUUGACGUUAUUAAAUCAAUCAUGCAAACAGACAGGAUCGAUCAGCAGGUGCAUGGUAAGAAUAUCGUACGGGUGGCACAAAAUGUUUAUGCCAAGCACGGCUGGAAAGCAUUCUUCAAAGGUUUUGGGCCAACAAUGCUAAGGGCAGCAUUCGCAAAUGCGGCUACUUUUGCCACUUUUGAAAUGGCCAUGCGACUCCUGGGGUAG